AUGAUGCAUUACAGCACCUCGAUGGCUGCCCAAAGGAGGAAAGACCGCAUGGAUACAGCUGAGAGGUCACAACUCAGACAUGAGAAUCUUGUGAGCCUGCUGGAAGUGUAUAAAAAGAAGAAACGGUGGUAUCUGGUGUUUGAAUUUGUGGAUCACACGGUCCUUGAUGAUCUUGAGGCAUUUCCAAAUGGACUAGACUACAGCAGGGUUCGGAAAUACUUAUUUCAGAUUUUGAGAGGAAUAGCAUUUUGUCACAGCCAUAAUAUAAUACAUCGGGAUAUUAAGCCAGAGAACAUACUGGUCUCCCAGUCAGGAGUGGUAAAACUCUGUGAUUUUGGUUUUGCUCGCACAUUGGCAGCUUCUGGGGAAGCUUACACAGACUAUGUGGCAACUCGAUGGUACAGAGCUCCAGAGCUGCUGGUGGGAGACACGAAAUAUGGCAGGGCUGUGGAUGUGUGGGCUAUCGGCUGUCUGGUAACAGAAAUGCUCACAGGAGAACCCCUGUUCCCUGGAGAUUCAGACAUUGACCAGCUCUACCAUAUCACCAAGUGCCUGGGUAAUUUAAUUCCAAGACACCAAGAGUUAUUCUGUAAAAAUCCCCUCUUUGCUGGCAUGAGGUUGCCUGAAGUGAAAGAGGCUGAAUCUCUGGACAGACGAUAUCCUAAGCUCUCUGCUUCAGUGCUAGAUUUAGCCAAGAAGUGUUUGCAGAUUGACCCAGACAAAAGACCAUCCUGUGCUGAACUCUUGCAGAGUGAUUUCUUGAACAAGGAUGGAUUUGCUGAAAGAUUUGCUCAGGAGCUUAAAUUAAGAAUUCACAAAGAAACCAGGGACCAUCAAUUACAAAAAAAAUCAAAAAUGAGUAGAAGGGAUAAAGAUGAUGCUGUAGAAGAAAGAAAGAUGCUUGGUGUACAGGAUUUCAACACUGACCCAAAGAGCAGAGAUGCAAAGAUGUUCAAAGUGAAGUGUUCUAAAGCUGAUGGAGAAAAAGCAGAGCGAUCUUCCGACCUGAGCUCCCUCUAUGACAGUGCAAUCAACCCAUUCAAAAUAUGCUCUCAAACCAACCUGAAAGAUUCCAGUAACAACUUGGGCUACAUCAAGAAUGCAGGCAUCGUUAUUCCUCCCAUUAACUGGAAUGUUUCUCCCACUGCAUCUGCAGUGGUGUCUGUGCCUGGGAACUCUAACUGCAGAGCUGAUGAAAGGAGUAAGAAUUACUUGAAACCAUUUUUAAAGCAAAUGAAGCAUUCUCCAGCAGGCCAUUACAGUGUAAGCUUGACUUCGGUAUCUAAUGAAAAGAACAUCCUUCAGGCAAAUAAGAAAAAACGGGAAUUCUCUAGGACAGAUGUGCAUUUGCCAGAACUAAAUAAUCUCCCUGAACUGAAAGGAGUGGAAGGAUGGCAUCCCAGAUAUCUCAAAAAGGAAAAUAAAACAGUUUCAGAGUCCCGGGUCCCCUCCCUUGCUGCUAUUGACCUUCAUAACACAAGUCUGGCCUCACAGCAGGCAGCUCUUUCUUCCAUUGUGUCAACCGCACCGCUCAGCUUGGUGUCAUCGGCAGACUUGCUGAGGGUGCACUUAAUUCCAUUAUGGAUGUCAUUGAUAAAGAUGUCCAAGAGCACUGGUCCCAAGACAGUCCUCUGGGGGGCACUGCUCGUUACUGGCUUGGACAUAGAACCAUUAAUCACCACUAUUUGUCUGUGGCCUUUCACCUCCCCUGUUAAAAGGCAUGAGUCCCAAGUGACUGUUAUUUUGAGUCCGAACAAUACCUUGAGAGACAAUUAAGCUACAGGGAGGGGCUGGAUGUCCCUUCCCGUAUUUUGACUCGUGCCUCAACCGCUCCUGGGAAGGUCCAGAAUAACGCCUGAGAAAAGGUCAAGUCAUGGAAUGGGGCUCAGCCUCACUUUCUUUGGUUUGGCUGUUGUUUGGAGUCCCAACCAACCCUGGAUCAAUAAAG